AUGUCGAAACCCGUAGCCAUCGUAACAGGCGCCGGCUCCGGCAUCGGCGAAGCAGUCGCAACCCAUCUCUACAGCAAAGGCUACAAAGUCGUUGUCGCAGACCUAAAUCCCUCAUCUGGCGAACGCGUUGCCAGCCAUCUUGGUCCCGACGCCAUCUUCCACCAAACGGACGUCUCUUCCUACAAAUCGCAAGCACAGCUCUUCAAGCGCGCUUACGAAUGGGGCGGCAACCGCCUGGACUUUUGUCACGCGAAUGCUGGUAUCGACGAUAGACAGAACAUCUUUGAGGACAUGGACAAAGAAGAAUUGGAUGAGGAUGGAUUGGUGAAGAAGCUGAAUACGAAGACUAUGGAGGUUAAUCUUGAGGGCGUGAUACAGGGGUUAUGGUUGUUCAAGUACUAUGUGAGAAGAAGUAAGGAGGCAGGUGGGGGAAAGGGCAAGUUUGUUGCUACGAGUAGUGCGGCAGGCCUGUAUUCCAUGACACAAUGCCCCCAGUAUACUGCUAGCAAAUACGGUGUUGUAGGUCUAUGCCGCGCCUCCGGCCCCGUAUUCGUCAAGGAGGGCAUUACAGUAAACGCGAUCUGUCCGGCCUUUAUUCCUACAAACCUCUGUCCGCCGGAAGUAGCAAAGCGGUGGCCUACAGAGCACAUCACACCAUUGUCAACAGUAAACAAAGCCAUCGAUGCUUUCCUGGCAGAUGACACAUUGACAGGCCAGGCUGUGGAGUUGUCUCAGGAGAACAUCUACUUUAGAAAACCAGUCGAUUAUCCGAAUGAGAGCCAGCGGUGGAUCGGUGAGGAGAGCGAUAAGAUCUGGAAUCUGGGCUACCAGGAGCCGCCAAAGAGACAAGGGUACUGA